GCUUGGUUUGAUUCUCACAUCCCACAAUUCUUUGCACGUCAAGGUUCAUACUGAUGACCAAAAAUGGCGGACUCAACGGUAGAGAUUGUGGAGGGCUGUCGGCUCCCUGUUCUCAGGAGAAACCAGGAGAAUGAAGACGAAUGGCCGUUGGCUGAAAUCCUCAGUGUCAAAGAUGUCCCGGGGAAAAAGCUUUACUAUGUUCAUUACAUUGAUUUCAACAAACGUUUGGAUGAAUGGGUCAACCCAGACCGGCUGGACAUGAAAAAAGUCCAGUUUCCUAAGAAAGAGGCGAAGACACCAACAAAGAAUGGAUUGCCCGGUUCACGGCCCAGCUCCCCAGAACGUGAAGUGAGGAAGAGUCUAGAUCUCAACGUUCAAACUGCUUCAGCUCCUUCCAGAGGCAAAACCCUUCCCAUACCGAAGAGAAAAGCAGAGUCCGUGUCCUUGGCAUCGCAGGUUUCUGCUGCACCGCCAGUGCCUUCACUCCCAAGCUCUGCAGAGGCCCCGCAGGCAUCUGUGUUUCCUGCAGUUCGGGAACCUUUCAGUACCAAAGCAAGAGAUGAGCAUGAGCAGCUCACAUCUCUCACCACGCAAAACGGAACAGCGCGUCGUCUUCUCCCAUCUCAGCCUGGCAGGAAGAGGAAAAACGGUGGCACGGAUGAGAUAAUAAAGGUAUUCCAGUAUAACAGCCCUCGCAGCACACCUGGCUUUCUGCCUCCAGGAGAGGACUCGCAGGACAGCUCGGACGGCAUUCCCUCCGCUCCACGCAUGACCGGAAGUCUCGUGUCAGACCGUAGCCAUGACGAUAUCAUCACGCGGAUGAAGAACAUCGACUGCAUCGAGCUGGGACGCCACAGACUCAAGCCCUGGUACUUCUCGCCGUACCCUCAGGAGCUUACCACGCUGCCCAUCCUCUAUCUGUGCGAGUUUUGCCUCAAGUACCUCAAAAGCCUCAAGUGUCUGCAGAGGCAUUUGACGAAAUGCAACCUUCGACAUCCACCAGGAAAUGAGAUCUACCGCAAAGGGACCAUCUCCUUCUUCGAAAUCGACGGCAGGAAAAACAAAUCAUAUUCACAGAACUUGUGUUUACUGGCCAAAUGCUUCUUGGAUCACAAGACGCUCUACUACGACACAGACCCCUUCCUUUUUUACGUAAUGACAGAGUAUGACUCCAAGGGCUUCCACAUAGUCGGCUACUUCUCAAAGGAAAAAGAGUCAACGGAGGAUUAUAACGUGGCCUGUAUUUUGACCUUACCGCCUUAUCAAAGGAGAGGCUACGGCAAACUGCUGAUUGAAUUCAGUUAUGAAUUAUCCAAAGUUGAAGGGAAGACCGGGACACCAGAGAAGCCUCUGUCUGACCUGGGUUUGCUGUCCUAUCGCUCCUACUGGUCCCAGACCAUUCUCGAGAUCCUCAUGGAGCUUAAAUCAGAUAAUGGAGAAAGACCACAAAUCACCAUUAAUGAAAUUAGUGAAAUAACCAGUGUAAAGAAAGAAGAUGUAAUAUCAACACUACAGUACCUCAACCUCAUCAAUUACUACAAGGGUCAGUAUAUUCUCACUCUCUCAGAAGAAAUUGUAGAUGGUCACGAACGUGCCAUGCAUAAGCGGCACCUCCGUAUAGACUCCAAAUGCCUGCAUUUCACCCCGAAAGACUGGAGCAAGAGGGGCAAGUGGUAAAGACUUUCUGAAUCUUUGAAGAACUUCUGUGCCAGCGAUAGACUCCCAAGCAGGAGUCAAAAUUUCUAGAUACUUUGUCACUUUUUGUCAAAAUCAGAUAAACUGAAAGACUUAAAUCUGUAAGAACGUUUUCUUACCACCCGUUCAUUAUUCUAGUGAUUGUGCUCGUGACCCGCAGUUAUCGGAUUCGUUUUUAGAGGCCCUUGUUUUGUCAUUUUACCCAACCUCAAAAAUUAAUGACUAUGAAAAGUUAAUCUGUCCAAAGUGUUUGAAAUGAGUCCAGAGUCCAGAUGAAUCUGUCGGAGACAUUUUUCUCAUGAAUUCCUGGUUUCUGUCCUACACUCUUUUUCAUUCCUUCUAGGUUUGGGUCUUAAUGAAUUCCAUAAUUAAUACCAUAUAAAAAUCAUCCUAAUAUUUUAUUCCUUCAACGCUGUCGAUUCAAAUGAUGCAGUCAUGCAGCAUUUUAGCCACACAGACCUGACGAUCCUACGCUCUAAAAACCAGUCAAGCUAACCCAAUGUAUGUUUGUUUGUUAGUAAUUGUACAUAAUGUACAUCAUUCUUUUUUUUGUAAAUUGUUUUUAAAAGUGAUAUCUCUAUGGUCGUGGAAUUAAAAACUGCAUGAGGAUGACUGUAUAAGCCAUGGCGACCUGUUACAAGAAUGUACAUUUGGAUAUGUGUACAGCUGUCAGUCAUUUUUUUUUAAUGAAAAAAGAGAAAAAAACAAAACCUUCAUGUAAAACA